UGUCAACGCUGGUGAAGUUCAGGAACGCAGACCGUUUCCCAAGAUGAAGGACAUAAAGCUGAUUGUCCCGGUUGAUGAAAGUGUCACGCCUGUGGUUCAGAACGUUCGACGACCUCCUAUCGCGCUAUUGACUCGGGUCGAAGAGAAAUUGGAUCAACUGCUUGCAUCGGAAAUAAUCGAGCCAGUAAAAGGCAACAAACUCACGACAACGUUCAAUCCGACGAAGUUCACCGUAGUAGAUCGCUCAGGUGGUCGAGUCACCGUGUCGGACCAGGAGAACGGGAAAACCUACGAACGGAACGUGGCUCAUCUCAAGCGAGUGGUUGAUCCGCCAGCAGACCUCGGAGAACAGUUCGCGGAUUCCGACACGGACGGAGAAGACUUCAGAGGAUUCGAUCAAAUCGAAAUUCAGGAGAAGUCCCCUCCGAAAGGAAAGCGCACCCGCCGUUGCCCGACCAAAUUUAAUGAUUUUGUGAUGUGAAGAAGAUAAGCAUUUCCAUAAAAAGGGAGAUGUGGUAAUGUGCUGAUUCUCAUGCCAAUUCAUAAACGUGCAAGCCCACUGGGCCGUCUCGCUCUCGGCACUCGACGUGCGUAAAUAAACAAUGUGCUUAAAUCUACUCCGAGUUAGUAUUCAUUUUACGACGAUAAUCCGACUAGUACAAGACCACCUAUCACA